AUUUGAUCAUCAUUCAAAUGGAUAAAAGAAACCAUUACCAAAAAAAAAAAAAAAGGAUAAAAGAAACAAUGCUGGUUGUGUGGAAGAUUUGAUUUUAGUUUGAUUUAAUUUUUUUAAUAUUUCUUUGACUUUUUCCAAAACCGUGUCAAUAGAAACUUGAGGAUUUGCGGAAAAUAGGAUACAAAGGGAAUGUGGUGGGUAUGACAAGGAAGAUUCGUGAGUGGGAUGAUGAAACAAUAUGGGUUUUCGAUUCUGUUUAUGAAGAAGACUUGCACUACCUAGAAGAAAAACCUAUCACUCUCUUCUUUCAGAGUUAAUUUCCUCUUGAGAUAUCAGUCAUAUCACUACUCGUGUAUCGACCCGAUCACGAGAUUGAUAUAUUAGACAGUUUCAUGGACUACACCGGAACAGCACGUCUCAUUGAUGUAGGACUAGCAGCUAGUGAGGAUCAGGUGAAGGAGCUUCAGCGGUUAGGGAAGAGCUACAACCUGAUUCUUAUGUCUAUAGACGAAGACGGUGAUUGCAAGGAAAUAGCUGAAAAUUUACUGGCCCAAUUUAACUGCAAAUUAGUAGGCCUCACUGAUAUGGAACCACAAAGGAUACCAAACAACACCCGUAAACUUUUCCUUCACAUUCAUUGCACACCAAGUCCCAUUCUCACUACAGAUGAAAUCGGAUCAAUAUUUGAAAAGAUAAAGCACUCGAUGUAUUGACCAAGAUUUCUGCUGUGGAACAUAAAGGCUAGUGACUUCAUAGUUGUAUUCUAGCAUUUCUUCAGUUAAGAUAUUUUUAUUGUCACACUGUGCCUUGAAUAUUGUAACUUAAUUCUUUUUUAGGUUCUCUCUGCCAUGGAACUGUUGGAACACACACGCAUGUAGAUUUGCAUUUCUUUUGGUGGACUAUGUUGUUGAAGUCACUGUCAUUAGCUGGACUUAGAACAACAGUAACAUAAUUGGGACUUAGACGGAUACAGGGAUUAAGAAGAAAGAAUAAAAUCUAAAGCUAUUAAUUAUCUAGCAGGAAUUCAGGUUACAGGAAUUUUUGGAUUGUAGAGUUCAGGCAGUCUAGGGAAAGAGGAUUGAGAAGAUAAUGUGCUAUCUAUGGCUAAUGAUG